ACUGUGCGUUCUAAUAGUUGGGAAAAAUUUAAAGUUUGAGGGGUUGAUUCCUUCCACCGUGGCGGUGUUCCUUAAACCCCACACACAUUCGCGACUCGCCGGUUGUUCAGAAUAUCGGCGGUUUCUGUUCUCAUUCUUCUUCUGCUCCUUUGAGUACGAGGUUGUUCCAUGACUACUCGAAUUGCACCCGGUGUCGGAGCCAAUUUGCUGGGUCAACACUCCGCAGAGAGGAAUCAAGAUGCCACUGCUUAUGUUGGAAAUCUCGACCCUCAGAUAACUGAGGAGUUACUAUGGGAGUUGUUUGUUCAGGCUGGUCCUGUGGUUAAUGUGUAUGUUCCUAAGGACAGAGUCAGCAACCAACAUCAGGGUUAUGGAUUUGUUGAAUUCCGGAGUGAAGAAGAUGCUGACUAUGCCAUCAAGGUGCUUAACAUGAUUAAACUUUAUGGGAAACCAAUACGUGUGAAUAAGGCAUCCCAAGACAAAAAAAGCUUGGAUGUUGGGGCAAACCUUUUCAUUGGCAAUCUUGAUCCUGAUGUGGAUGAAAAACUCUUGUAUGAUACCUUCAGUGCAUUUGGAGUUAUUGUUACUAAUCCAAAGAUCAUGAGAGAUCCUGAGACAGGGAAUUCUCGUGGAUUUGGCUUCAUUAGCUAUGAUUCUUUUGAGGCAUCUGAUUCAGCCAUUGAGGCAAUGAAUGGACAAUAUCUUUGCAACCGUCAAAUUACAGUAUCAUAUGCUUAUAAGAAAGACACUAAAGGUGAAAGGCACGGUACCCCUGCAGAGAGAGUUUUGGCUGCAAGUAAUCCAAGUGCACAGAAGAGCAGGCCUCAUACUUUAUUUGCGAGUGGGCCUCCAACACUUCCCGGUGCACAGGCUAAUGGCAGCAUUGCUGCACCAGUGCCUCCCCGCCCCUUCGCCAAUGGGGUUGCUCCAGCUGCUAUUCCUGCCCUCCGUCUGCCACCCCCUCAAGCUGCGGCCUUCCAACCUAUGUCAGUACCUGGACAACCGGCAUGGCACCAACAACAGCCAGGUCAAACCAUCAUGCCUCCCGUAAUGCCUCCACCUCAAGUCCAGCAGUUCAGGCCACCUCACUCUGGUAUGCAGAUGCCACUACCACCACAAGCUGUUCCUGCUCCUCCAAGGCCUCUUCCACCACCGGCAGUAAUGGCAAGUCAGCCACCACCUGUUUGGCGACCACAACCACCGCCACCACCUCAGCAACAGGGUGGACGGCCUUUAGUAUAUCCUCAGUCCUCAAUGCCACCACCGCCACCUCCCAGUAACAGUGCAAUGCCACCACCUUAAAAUUAAAGGAAUACAAAUCAUAUGGAAUGUUCCUGACUCCCAUUAUCUGAAAUUUUGCCCCUUUUUUCUUAGUUGUAGUGCGUUGUAUUUGUGAACUAUAGUGGUGUAGAUUGUGAUAUGAAUGUCCAUUGACAUUUUGAGUGUUGGGUUUACCGCAC